CUUCUUAAACAUGUUAAAAAGGGAAGAUAAUUGUCUCCAAUCGGUAUAGACAAUGAACCACAUGUACAAGGUACUACCUACAUUUCGUAUAUAUCAGACCUCAACAAAAUAACCAGUGAGCAAUAUUGCUAAUAUCUUGACGAUCUUAACAAAUGAUUAAACAUGCCGACGUUAGUUUACCUUAUCAUAUCUUUGAUUAAUGUAACGGUAUAUGCAGAUUGCUGUCGAAUAGUACGACAAGAUAAUCAAACAAUUGCAGAUUGCACCAGACUUAAAUUAAAUGAUGUUCCGAUAGAUUUACCAUUGGAUAUAGUAGGUCUUGAUCUGAGCUACAAUCAAAUAUCGAUUAUUAAAAACAAUGUCUUUGAAUCUUUUUCAAAUUUGACUACACUAACGAUGGAUUUUAACAAUCUUCAUACCAUACAUGAAGAUGUCUUUAAAGGUUUAAAACACUUACGAUGGCUUUCAAUGAAUCACAAUCACCUUAACAUAUCGUCAAAAAUAUUUGGACUUGUACUUAGACCGUUAUUAGGUCUACAACACUUAGAUAUCAGAUACAAUAUAAAUAAAACGUUGAAUAAAGAAGGACCUAUUGUUUAUCCCUACUUCGGAAACCUGACAUAUUUAACCAAUUUAUAUAUGGAUCUUGCUCAAAAACCACUCUUUAAGUUAAGUGGAUUAAAAAAACUGUUGCAACUUAAGACCAUAAAAUUUGCAAAAUGUUAUUUGAACCAGAUGUCUAAUGACACCUUGGUAGAUUCACCAUCAACCAUUACUGCAAUCUACUUUCACAGGUGUGUCGGUACAAUAAAGAUUGUAGAAGCAGAUUUUUUAAAGCCGUUUCCUUUACUUCAGAUUUUAAGUAUCGAUGGAGCAGAUGUGCCGUUAGAAGAUGCUUUAAAACUUCUUCAACCUUUUUUGCAGAAAAACUUGACCUCUAUCACUUUCAAAGGGAUUGUAUCAAGUAAUCCUGUGUUUAUUACCUGUGAAAUGGUUAAAUAUUUGCAGCGUAUUUGUGUAAAAACUCUUGUUAUAGCAAAAUGUAAUAUUGUAGGAUAUGAGGAAAAGUCUCUACUAACAUUUGAUUAUCCUGAAUGUCUAGAAAAUAUUGUACUCUCAGGCAACCGAUUUUCAAUAGCACUUGGAUCUCAUUUCACGGAUCUGGUAGUAUUAAUGAAGAAAGCAAUAAAUAUAAGAUAUUUUGACUUAUCGUAUAAUGCUAUUAAUUUCAACAAUAUUGAAUACUGCAAUUUGAACGUACUUGAAAAUCCUUUUUAUAGAAAAGAAGUAUAUAUCGAAGGCUGCAAAAUUAAAACUGGAACUGACAAUGGAAUUGAAAUUUACAACUCAGAAUUUUUGAACUCUCAAAUAGUUAAUGAAUCAAAAGUUACAAUAGCUUUGCCUGCAAAGCUCACAUUUCUACGAGUAUCCCAUUACAUGACAUCAUAUACUGAGACAGAACAAAAGUUAAUUAUAACUAAUGCAAGUAAUCUCAGAUAUUUAGAUUUCUCGUACUGGCAGAUUAAGCAGUUUCCUGAAAUAUAUUCUGAGACUCCUUUUAAUGUUAAAUACAUGGACAUUUCUGGACUUAAUGCAAGUAUUCUAAUUCAUGAGACGUCAAUACCGGUUUUUCAAAAUGUCCAGACCGCUAUUUUGAAAAAUGCAAUGCUGGGUCUAACAAUUGGAAAGAAUGGCAAAGUCUUUCAACUAUUUCCGGCCGUAGCAAAACUAGAUAUAUCAUAUAACAACUUAUGGUAUCUAGAUAAAGAUGCCUUUGAAACAAACGUAAACUUGUCAAAUGUCAAUAUUGCACACAAUUUACUGCAAGCUAUACCUAUAGCCGUGUUAGAUGUGCCUAACUUAAGUAAACUGGAUAUAAGUUACAACCGCCUUCAAACAAUAAAUAAAACAUUUAGAGAUUGGAUGGAUGUGAAAAGUUAUGGAGGAAUAUUUCAUUUGUCGAUAGAAGGAAACAGUCUUAAAUGUACUUGCGACACGUCAGAUUUUAUAAGGUGGAUUUUCAGCACAGAUGUCGUUUUUGAUCGGGUCAAUAAAAAUUUCAGCUGCACACUGACGAAUGGAUCAGAAAGUAACACGGUGGUUAUCUACACACGAUUUCACGAACAUUUUGGCAACUGCAAUAACAAAAAUUGGUUGCGCCUAGGAAUAGGACUUCUUGUUGCAUUCGUCGUGGUGACUGUUCCGUUGGCAGUGAUUUUUAAUUUCCGAUGGAAAAUAACUUUUUGGAUAUAUCGUAACUUUAAAAGAGUUGUAGCAGACAGAUUAGAAAGAAAAUUUAAUUAUGACAUUUACUUGUCAUAUGCUGAUGACAUGCUUCAGUGGGUUCAAGGUGAUUUUCUUCAGAGAAUAGAGACGUCGUGGCACAUGAAAGUAUGCGUGGAAGACCGCGAUUUCAAACUUGGAGUGCCGAAAGCAGACGAAAUAGCAAAUGCUAUAGCUGGCAGCAAACAUGUUAUAUUUAUCAUGUCUGAGUCGUACAAAGAUAACGAGUGGAACAAAUUUGUAAUCGAAAGAGUCACGUUCGAAAAAUGCAGAAAUUACUUACAAAAAAUAAUAAUAGUAGUAAAACAAGCGUCAGUUAAUAGUGUUCCACACGAGUUAGACGGCAUUCUACAAUAUGUCACUAUAAUAAACUGGGCUGACAACGAGACUGGCUGGGACAAACUGCGCAUGUCAUUGUUCACUGAUUCCUUUUAAUCAGUGCAAUAGUUAUCAAUGAUAUAGCAUACACAAACAAUUUUGAUUAUACAGUAUGUACAUUAGCUAUAAGGAAAUUGUUAAAAGAUAAAUCUUCGACUAUU